AUUUUUUAGUUGAAGGUGAAUACAAUUAAUGCUUUUCUUUUCAUUAACAGUUUAAAUUCUCAUUUAAAAAAAAAUCCCAAUCGUGGUUGAUGUUUUCGUCUUCGCUAUGAGUUAUUCACAAAAGAAGCUGCAUACAUCUCCCUCACAUAACCAAAAUCAUAAUGAUGAUGCGAUUGCGGGUCCAUCAAACGAGGAAUCUCCGCCGAAAAUAUUCAAAUUGAGCAUCGAUUGCUUUGACGAGAUAUUUGAAUAUUUGAACAUGAAAGAUUUGCAUUCAUUCGGUCAAACAUGCAAGCGAAUAAACAGAGUGGCCGGAGAAUAUUUCAAACAAAAUUAUUCAUCGGCUGAAAAAUUCUAUACAAAAGAUGGAAUAUUCACGAAAUAUUCGGACAAAGACGGUGUUGUAAAUAAACGUAUUCUAACAUCUGGUUUUAAUAAGUUCAUGCCGUACAUUUCAUAUUAUAUUAUUAAUAAUGGUUUUCGUCAUCUUAAAUAUUUUCAAGCGCACAUCAGUGAAUUUGAGUCAACAAACCACAUUUAUAUGAUGAAAAUAGAUCUUAGUCAUGAACGAAUUAAGUAUUUUAAACAAUUGUUUCCACAACUGGAAAUUGUGCAAUACCAACGUUGUUCGUUGCGAGGUGACUUUUACAAUUCGAUAUUGAAACAUUGUACGAAUUUGAGAGAGAUUUAUAUUCAAAAUUCGGCUACCGGUAGACGUACAAAUCGUAAACUAAACUUGUUAUUAAAAGAAUAUCCCAAGCUUGAGCGAUUCGAAUGGAUACCUCCGUAUUCUGGUAAAUUUGAAGAGCUACGCACAUUUUUUGCACUAAAUCCAAAUGUACAGAGAUUUUCAACUACCAUAGGAUUUUGGUCGAAGAAUAGUAACAUAUUUUUAAAUUCUAAUGUAAAAUUGGAUAUAUUGGAAAUCAAAGAAUUUUACGUUUAUCCGCGGUCUAACGUUCAUUCAAAAAUUCCCUUGGAAUUAUUAAAUCAACUGCAUGAACAAGGCUUCUAUAAGCAACUAUACAUUUACAUAGAUGAUUGUGACGAAGAACGUAGCACUUCAUUAGGCUCGGUCAACGGUCUUGAGUUAUUGUGCAUUAGGUCAUUCGAGAAGACUUAUAAUUUAACUCAAUUGACCAAUCUGAGAGAAUUAAUUAUUUUGGGUGGAUCGAUUGCUGAGGAUAUGGAGAUUUUAGCAAAUUGCCUGACUAACCUUGAACGUCUUUACGUUGAUGAGGCAAAUAUUGAUGACAUUUUGCCAUUCAUUCGUCGAUCACCGAAAUUGAACAAAAUCAAAUUCAUACCACGGGACAAAGGUGUAGUUUUGAAUUUGGAAAUGAUGAAUAAGGAACGUGCCAAGUUGGCCAGAGCACGAAAAAUAAUAAUUUAUACGCGUGAUGAUGUCUUCUUGGCUACUAAAUGGACGACCAGAAACGGUGCUGUAAAUUUAAUUUUUUUCCAGAAAUUUAAGCUGUAUCGAAAUCAGACGAUCGGAUUCGCAUGAAUGGAAUCAUUAUUUUUCUUAUUUAAAAUAAUAAAAAGAAAUUUGUUAUUCAAAUCAGGUUAAUAUUCCAUUUAAAUUUAAAUUCUUUUUAGAUUCAUUUUUGAAAAAAAGCUGAAGAUUUUUUACUUCGCUCACUCGUAGAUGCUAGCCCAUACAUAUAAUCACUUAUCCCUUAGAUAUAUCAGAAGAAAGCUUUUAUCCGGAUCGGUUGAGCCGUUUGAUUGUCAAACUGACACAAACAUACAUACAUAUAUACCUUCGGUGUUAUAGAUAAAAGAAGAAAAGAAACAGAAAAAUUGA